GGGCCAACUUUUUGACAGAUUCGAGACGUGGCGAUUCGUGGCGUGACAUACAAAAAUACAUUGCUGUCUUUUUAUACUUUUGUUGAAGUAACAGACAGAAGUGAGUUUUCUGUUAAGAGGUAUUUAAUGAUAUUUGGCUGUUGUGAUAAAUUAAACUAACAAAAUGAACCGGGGAGCGUUUUUCAUAUUUAUUGUACUGUUUUCCUUUGCUUAUUCCGAAACAGAGGAAGAUACGGGUCCAAGGCUUCUAGUCUCUAAACAAAUUUUAAAUAGAUAUUUAGUAGAAACUAAAGAUAUUGAAGUUAAAUACACUCUGUUCAACGUUGGCACUUCAGCAGCUGUUGAUGUCCAACUCGUGGAUAACGGAUUUCACCCUGAAGCCUUCGAAGUCGUAGGGGGCCACCUUAAAUCUAAAUUCGAAAGGAUUCCUCCACAAACCAAUGUAACACAUGUAGUUGUAGUCAGGCCCCUGAGGUAUGGAUAUUUCAACUUUACAAGUGCUGAGGCUAGUUACAAAGCUGCAGAUGAUACGUCAGGAAAAAUGCAAGUUUCUUUAAGCAGUGAACCAGGUGAAGGUGGUAUCAUCGCGUUCAGAGAUUACGACAAGAAGUUCUCAUCCCACUACUGGGAUUGGUUGGCUUUUGCACUUAUGACUACCCCCUCAUUACUCAUUCCUCUUGCCUUAUGGUACAGCAGCAAAAGCAAAUACGAAAAAUUAGCCAAACCUAAGAAGGGACAUUAAGUGAGACAAAGUUUAGUGUACUUCCAUUGUUCAGCAUUAAGACAGUCAUUUUUCAUUGUUCCCAAGUUCACGUCAUUGUAAAAACCUUUUUGUAAGUUUCCAUUGAGAAUUGUUAACAUUGUUUCAUGUUUUAUAUGAACUGAAUUCUGUGUAGAAGGAAGAGUUUAUUAAAUUAUUUUGUAAAUAAAUUCGUUUGUAUUUUAUUUAUAAAAA